GUCCACGGCUCACGGAAAAAUAGCCGUUGCUCUUUUGGCAAGACUCGAAGGUCCUUUUCAUUCACAGUCGACCUGAAAGGUUCUCACAACAGCUCCCACAACUCGAAGCCGACGCUCUCCCAAAAAACACCCAACUCCUUCACGACGUUUGUUGCCUUGUUGUUUCGUCUUCUUUGUUUUUGCGCUUACACAAUGUUCGGUGCUCCUCCUCCAGAGGAUCAAGGCUCAGUGUCACCAAAUGGCUCUGGUUCCAGCAAUGCCCGACCUUUCGGCUUUGACGCCGACGGCAACCGCUACAACUCCCAAGCCUUUUCUGGUGCUCCUCCUCCACGCGACAAUUUUGGUUCCCCGCCCUGGCAAGCCCCCAACUUGAAUGGACUUGGACGGAACGCAGCGGGCACCACCGGUAGCGUUUUUGGAAGUCCUGGCCUUGGGUCUACCUUCCAAAACUCCGGUUCUGGAGGUCGACUAACGGCGAACUUGAAUGGCAAUGGUGCUUCGCGUUUCUACGGCACGAAAAACACACCCUACUAUCCUACCGAUUGCUGGGAUGGAACUAUGUAUUCAAUCACCGCCAUGGCGACAUUUGAGCACAACAGUUUUGACGAACUGCGCUUCGAAGACUAUCUUCAAGGAAACCGGGGACUUGGACGCCUUCAAGCUCAAUUCAACAAUCGCGACACUCCUCUGGACCACUUUGGUUCUCCAACUCUUUCCAACAGUUCUCCUACAGCUUCCGUCUUUUCUUCUGGUUCUCCAAGUGUGUUCGGUGCUCCAGCUUCAUCGUUUGGGGCUGCGCACACCGACGCGACCGCUUGGACUACGGGACCCGCUGGGAACAAUCGUGGCACUCGUGCGGAACCCUUCGGCGCAGCAGCUGGAUACAACAAUUCAGCUACAGGUGUUCCCAACAGCUCUCCUUCCAGUUUCUCGUUGUUUGGGGCUCCAGCGCCAUCGCAGCCUCAAAAUGGCAACGCUAAUGCCGCUUCUUCGGGACCGCGAGCUGCUCCUACGGGACCUGCAUUUUUCCGCAUGCCUUUUGCUGCUUCUACUCAAAGCAACCAUUCGCCUGUACCGGCUGGGCCAGGCAGCGCUCCAGUGCAGAUAGCCGCCACUGCAGGCUUCGGUACUUCGCCCGCUGCGGCCUCGGGUUUGCUUGCUCUUUCGUCAAGUUCAUUCCGUGAUGACGAUUCUACCGGUACGGCUACCGGUGGUAGCAGUCCUCGAGGGCUCGAUUCGCUUUGGCGAAAAGAUCCAAAAGAAAGCUUCAGCGAUUGGAUGCUCAAAGUCAAGACGAAGAGUAGCGAGGAGAACGACAAAGUCGUCGUGCACACAUACCACAUCCACAAGGCGGUGGUGGCUUUUGGCAAGAGCGAGCUCUUGGCCGAAUUGUGCCAUCAAGAUCAAGAGGGGGCAGUCCUUGUCCAGCUUGAACCUCUGGGUGCAAAAGCAGUUCCGCUGCUUCUUGACUUUCUUUACUCCCCAGAGGAGCCAUUCCAAAUGGACGUUGAGGAUGCAGUCGCUUUGCAUUACCUUGGAAAAGUCUUCAAGGUGGAGCAGCUCUGUAACGGGGCGAAGAACUUCUGUCAAAACGAAAUGGCUAGGAGCCUCGAGAACAUUCCCAGCAUCUUGGCAGCGGCCUCGAUGCUACCGGUAGACGAUGAUGGUAUCAAGCAAUUGGUGGUAGACUUCAUUGGAACAACAAACCUGUUGCGGCUUCCAACAGACUCGUCCUUGCUUGAAUCCUUCGACCCAAAUUUCUGGUUGGAUGUACAGGACAAACUUGUUGGAAACGGCGUCACACCCAAGCCGCUUAGCUUGCAUUGGAGUUUGCUCAUGGGCCACUUUGCACAAUUGCACAAGGAGGAGCUCAAAUUUGGCAAAUUCUUCAAGUUGCUAACGAACGAUGAACAGGCGAUGCCUUUCGUUGCUUUGGAGGUUGCUUUGGAGCUCUGUGAAGUGCAGCAGGAUCUCCUCUCGGGUGAGCAGGGAGUUGAAGCGGAAGGCGAACUAUCCAGUCUCGAAAAGCGUUGCGCAAGUGCCAUCGCGUCCAACUGGCGAAGCAUUGAUUUUGCUAGCGAUGGACCAGUCUCGGAGGAACGAGUGAAGCAGCGAGGCUGCGAAUUCAUGUGGGCAGUCCUCAACGAAACUAUGAAGAACGCCAAAGAUGCUUCUUUCUGUGGCUCCCCAUUCGGUGCAAACAAUUAGACGAAGUGAAUGAUUCAAUCGAAUCGCAUCUAAAAAGAGAAAGAAAUGUUUGUUGACGAUACGGAUCCGAUUGGCUUCGAGAGUGGAAUUGAACAAAGGAACGAAUAUCCGAGAGUCACCCUUGCCCGGCCGGGGCGGACUUCGGAUAGCUCACGGUACCAGUAGGGCAACGUGCGAUAGGACUUGUAGUAGAUUGGUAAACAUCGGAUCUCAAUCCAGAAUAGAAGACAGAAAUGAUCUCUUC